AUGGAGAAUAUCAGUCAUAUCACUGAUUGUAUCGAAGACAGUGAAGCAAGCCAAGUAAGUUCAGACGGUGAAAUAACUGAAGAUUGUCAUGGAAAUGACUCAAAUGAGUUGCAAGCUUGCGAAGAGGGUGAUCAACAACAGGUGUUACGGUUGGAAAGCACAGAUAGACGCAUAGAAAAUGUUACGAACCCGUCUAAAAAACUGUUUCGGAGUAAAAGCAAACGUGAAAGAUGUCACAUAUGUCGAAAAGAGAUGCUACUUCAAAAUUUAAAAGACCACAUGAAAAAUGCCCAUAACUCUAGUAAGAGUACUUGGACAGAAGUCGCUUAUAGAACUAUUUGGGAAUAAAGUCAAAGAUAACAAUGUCAAACGGAAACGUGGCCAUGGUGAUGUAGACGAAGAGCCUCUGUUCAAAACUGCUAAAACGGCCGACUUGUCAAUGUCAAUAUCAUCUGGUUCAACACCGCCUGGUUUUGAAAAUACAGCCGACGAAAGUACCGCGAAAGUAACGCUCAGCGCCUCCGGAGAGGACAAUUUCGCAGAAAGCAAAUCCUCAGUUGCAUCUAAGCUUGACGAAAUACUGACAACUGUAAAGAACUUAGAAAAUCGCAUGUCCUGCUUGUCCAUCACCCCCUCACCGGAAACGGUGGCUGUGGAGUCUGAGCUUCCUACAGUUACAGAAAGAAAGUCAGCAAG